UCAAAUGGUACGUAGAUCCCGCCUCUCUAUGGUGUCUCGACCUAUUACUUGUCACCACAAUAAGGCAUUCGGGGAAGUUAUCGAAACUGUUUACUGCCCAUCGCUGUACUGCUCACCUGUCGUAAUGGCGAAUACAGACGGAAACCAAAUCUCGUACACUGAUCUCAAAGCUCUGCUGGAGAAGAGCCAGAAUCUCUUCAUUGUCGACGUGCGUACUAAAGAAGAAAUUGACAAGGGCCGCAUCCCCGGGUCCCUCCACGUACCUGUGGAUACUGUGGAGACUGCCUUUGCGCUGGACGCGGCAGAAUUCCAGGCUAAAUACGGGGUGGCGAAGCCCUCCCUCGACGCCCCCGAGCUGGUGUUCCACUGCCAGAUGGGCCGCAGGGGGCAGCUGGCCACAGACAAGGCCAUCGCCCUGGGCUUCCAGAGUGCACGCAACUAUACCGGUGGAUACAAGGAGUGGUCCGAGAAAGAGGGGAAAUGAUCCCACUUGAUUCAAAUUGACAUCUACAGUGGAUAAUAUACAUUUAUAAGCAGAAUAUUCAUUUAUUUGCUCACAAUAUUUAUUUCCUGUAAAAUGUAUGCAUUCUUUGGUUCAUUUGACUAUGGAUUCAAUAAAAAUAUGUGUACUGUGAA